AUGUCAACAAUUGUAGGAUUCCAAUGGGGUAAAAUUACUCCUAAAAAUAAUGAAAAGACUAAUAGGAAUAAUGAUAUAACUAAAUUUAAGUUCAAUAGUAAGAAAAGAAAAUUCCACGAAGAAAAAUCUAAUGACAAAGUUGAAAAACUUGAAAGUGAUAUCAAUAAAAGGGCUAAAGUACCUAUCAUAAAAGGUGAAAGAUUACCAGUUACAAGAAUGAUUGAAAGUUUAAAUCAUGAAAAUGUGGUAAAUUUAUUAACAGAGUUAGUUAAAGUACAUCCUGAAAUAACUAAAACCAUAAAUGAACUCCAACCUAAAAUUUCUAUUGAAGAAUCAAUAAAAUUAAUUUCCAACAAAUUCCAAUUAAUCAAAAAUAAUUUACCAUAUAAAGAAGAAUUAAAUGACUACAGUUAUUUAAGAAUCAAACCUUAUUUGAAUGAAUUUUUGAAUUGUUUAAGUGAUUUCAUAUUAAACUAUUUACCACCAAUUGAAACAAAUUUCAUUAAUUCAUUAACUUUUAUAGAUUUUUCAACUAAUUUGAUCAUAGAAUUACCAGAUUUCAAGAAUAAAGAAUUUGAAUAUAUCAAAUCUAAAUGUUUUGAACAAAUAUCCAAUACUUGGUUAAUCAUAUUAAAUGAGAUGUUUAAUGAAAAUAAUGAUAAUGAAGAAAAUUUAUAUAAUUUUAUUAAGAUUGUUAAUGAUUUGGAUUUAAAGAAUAAAAUCACUUCUUACAAUGAAUUAUGUGAUAAUAAAUUUGAACAUAUCCUUGAAUUUAUCAAUUCAAAAACCAAAGUAAAUUCUAUCAAUGAAUUUAUUACUAUUGAUUAUUCAAAUUAUUUAACAGCAAAUUCUUCAACUUAA